AUGUAUUCCUAUUCGACCAUCGUGAUGAUCACCAUUGCAGUAAUGCUCUCACUUGGAUUUCUAACUCUUUUUAUUAUCCAACUUGUUAUGGGAGCAAUGCAUUUUAAUAAAUGUCCUGUUCAACCAAUGUUUCCAUGGCUUAACUUAGUGUCUGGUUCAACUGGAAUGUUACUAUUUCUUGCAGUUCCAAUGAUAUUUCUUUUUUGUAAACUCAAAUGGAAAAAGUUAAUUACCUGUUUGAUAAUUCUUGUGACAAUUCUUGCUUUAUUCUUCUUAGUUUGGACAAUAUACAGUAAUUAUGCAAGAUUUUCUGCAUCGAAUUCAAUGAAUAUUAUGCAGUAUGAAAAUGCAACUCUUUCAACUUAUUGUCAUCCGCAAUUAGCUGAGGUCACUCGAGGCACAUUCAUUACACUCGAUGUCAUCUUAGGACUGUCCACUUGUCUCGUGUCCGGUGGUGCUGCUGCUUCAUAA